ACGUUCACAAUAAUUGUUUUGUAAUCGUUUCAAAGAUGUCCCGGCAACACGAGUAGUGUGUACGUCGCAGACGAGCAGCCGCCGGACGGAAGAGUCCGCCCGAAAUCCUUCCACCCGAAUUCACUCCGCACGCCAAGGCAAUGUCAAAUUGAUAAUGGCGGACGAUUUUGACAUCGAAGCGUUGCUUGAAGCACCCUAUAACAAAAAAGAGCCAGAAGCGCAGCCAAAAGAGAGUAACGGCACUGAGGAAAAAUCACGUAAAGACAAGUCCCGUAAAAGUCGCCAUCGUACUAGAUCUCGGUCGCGCGACAAAGCUCGCAAACACAGUCGGUCUAAAGACGACCGCAAGCAUCGACGAAAAAGUCGUUCUAAGGACCGACAUCGUAGUCGCUCCAGAGACCGACAUUCGCGUCGACGCACUUCUAAAGACAAAAGAAGUCGUACACGGUCUCCUAUCAAACUACCAAAAUAUGGACCACCUUUACCUCCUCCGCGCUACGGUAGAAAACCAUCUCCUCUGGCGUCCAAAGUGCCGCCAGCUAGUAUGUUAACUCCUGAGGAAAGAGAUGCUAGGACGGUGUUUUGUAUGCAACUUUCAAAAACAAUUCGAGCUAGAGAUUUAGAAGAAUUUUUUUCAUCUGUUGGCAAAGUCAGGGAUGUUAGAAUGAUCACUUGUAAUAAAACUCGUCGGUUUAAGGGUAUUGCUUACAUAGAAUUUAAAGAUCCCGAGUCUGUUCCACUUGCUAUGGGUCUAAACGGUCAGAAGCUUUUAGGCGUUCCUAUUGUUGUUCAACCCACUCAGGCUGAAAAAAACCGUAUGGCUAAUUCAAUGCCAAAUAUGGUACAGCGUACACAUUAUGGACCAAUGAAAUUAUACGUUGGUUCUUUACACUACAACAUCACUGAAGAAAUGUUGAGAGGAAUAUUUGAACCUUUUGGCCACGUUGAUAACAUACAGUUAAUGAUGGACACUGAAACAGGCCGAUCCAAAGGCUAUGGAUUUUUAACAUAUCGUAAUGCAGAAGAUGCUAAAAAAGCCCUUGAACAUUUGAAUGGAUUUGAAAUAGCUGGCCGGCCCAUGAAGGUGGGUCAUGUAACUGAAAACCAUUCUGUGUAUGACAAAACUGCUUUUGAAGUUGACGAGUUGGACAGAGCUGGUUAUGAUUUGGGAGCUACUGGUAGAUUGCAACUGAUGUACAAACUUGCAGAAGGUACUGGAUUCCCAAUUCCGCAGGCUGCAGCCAAUGCGCUUCAAGUUGCCUCUGGGGUGCAGGCAGCUCCAGCCGCACCAACUGUUCAGGUGACUCCUCCAAUUGCAACCCAAUGCUUUUUAUUAGCCAACAUGUUUGAUCCAAACAAAGAAGACGUAGAUAGUAAUACUACUUGGGAAACUGAGAUUAGAGAUGAUGUGAUUGAAGAGUGCAACAAACAUGGCGGUGUUUUGCAUGUGUAUGUGGAUAAAGCAUCUCCACAGGGCAAUGUAUACGUCAAAUGUACAACAAUUGAAACUGCACUUGCAUCUGUAGCAGCUUUACAUGGUCGAUGGUUUGGUGGACGUGUAAUUACUGCAGCGUAUGUGCCUGUAACAAACUAUCACAAUUUGUUUCCCGAAGCUUCUUCACUUACAAAACUGUUGGUAUCAUCCAGAAGUAAAAAUUAAUGAGUUAUAUGUAUACAAUUUAUUGAUUUUAUUUUUUUAAACUUACAAUUGACAAAUAAUGAUAACAUGUUAACAUUAUUCUAUUUAGGUAGAGUAAAAACUAUACCUACCUAAUAGUAUUUUUUAGUUAACCUUUUUUGCUAGGUAAUUAAUUAAUAUGUUUAAUAUGGUUAUAUUAUAAAAAUUGUGAUCGAAUAAAUUUGUAGAAGUUAAAUCAAUUUCUUCUAUUUCGCUUUUACGUAAAUUAUUUUUCCAUGUGAACUGAUGUGAAUAGUUUUAGGACAUAAUUAUAUGUUUGGAGUAAUUUUUUGAAAUAUAAAGUAGUUAGGCUACUGUUUAAAUUUUUAUUUUAUUUUUUUUAUCUGUUGGCCUUCAUCAGAACAUAAUUCCUUUCUUUUGCUGGCAUUAUUAUCUAUGUUUAAAAAAAAUGUGUACUAAUAAAUAUCAAAUGGUCAUUUAUUUGUUUUUAAUGAAUUAUUAAAACAACUUAAAAACAAGUUGUUAUAAUAUUUUCUAUUCGUCCUGGAUUACCAUUUACCCUUUCUAAUUCAUUGAAACAUCCACUAAUCUUGUAUUUAUAUUUUUAAUAAACCAUUAAAAAGAAAGCUGCUUGCCAUUACAAAAUAAAAUAUGACUGGUUCUUAAUAAUUGUACAACCACAUAUAUCUUUUAUUGUACUAUUGUCUAUUGAUUUGGAUAAUAUGCUUAAAAUUCAUUAAAUUUAAACCAAAUUAUUUAUCUAUUAUAUUAGG